AGAGCAAAGGUCAAAGUAAGCAGUUGUAGUUUUGUAGGAGAGAGGGAGAGGGGGGAGGGGAGUAAUGAUUUGUGGGAGGAGAAGGAGAUCGCAAAAGCUCGUGACCACGAGGAUUUUCUCUCUCUCUCUAUCUCUAUCUCUUCUCUUCUCUUUCUGUCUCCUCUGCGCAUAAAGAAAGAAAGACAGAGAGAGAGAGAGAGAGAGAGGGAGGGGUAGAGAGAGGAGGUGGAGGAGGAACAGAAGGGGAACAGAAGCGGAAUUAGCAGAGUUUUUAUCAGCCCCUCAAAGGAAUUUGCAGGCCCCCUUUUCCCCGUCUUUUCCUUUUCUCGUGAUCUCUCUCUCUCUCCGCGCAGCUUCGUAUUAAGGAAAAGCUUCCCUCGUUUUUCCUUUCUUUUUUACUUUUUGCGAGCCGAGUCCUAGGCUAUAUAACUGUUGCUGCAAAGCCCCGACGGUUGUGACGGGAUUCGAACUAGAGAGCCCUGACCAUCGAAACGACGUUGCGUUGGGGAGUUUUUGGACGCUCUCCUUGGCCUCCAAGCCAAGGCUCUCGAAACCCAGAUACGGAUUGGUGUUGCAGCAGAAGGAGACGAGGAAGGAGGAGGAGGAGUGAAAAAUGGGGUCUUGUGGGAGGAGUGGGACGGUGAGGCAGUACGUAAGGUCGAAGGUCCCGCGGCUGAGAUGGACUCCGGAGCUCCACCAGUGCUUCGUCCACGCCAUCCAACGUCUCGGCGGUCAAGACAAGGCGACGCCGAAGCUAGUGCUUCAGCUGAUGGAUGUGAGAGGGCUCACCAUCUCUCAUGUCAAGAGCCAUCUCCAGAUGUACAGAAGCAUGAGGAGCGACCUGGGCAGAUCAGAUAGGGGCUGCGUCCAACAGAAGAGACGGGCCGCUGAAGACCACUAUCCCGAUCACGACGGCGGGCGUUUGGACGAAGUAAACGACGACGAAGGCCCUCAUGCAUUCGCAAAACCUGCUCAUCAUUCUCGAUUUGCAUGCAAUACUCUUCCUUGUAAACGAUCGAGGACAGAGAAGGUGGCGACGACGACGACGACGACUUCAGCAGCUGCAGAACAAGUGCCGUACGGCUUUCGGGCACAGGGCGUUGAUGGUUUCAGAUGGCACACUCCAUGCAUGCCCCGAGCUCUCCACAGCUUCAACGAUCCUCUCGAGUGCGCCGCGAAAGAAGAAUCUAAAUUCCCCUUGAUUGCGAAACUUCAAGAUCCGACACAGAAGUCCCGAAAAGGGUUAAAGCUCACAGACUGGAGAAGCUUUCCCUUGGAGGAAUACGAGGAAUCCGAAGGUCGCGAACUGUCACUUUCGCUCUCUCUGCAAUGUCACUUCAUUCACAGAAGCAACGGUUCUUCGGCCAGCGAGAUCAGCGAGGCCUUCUCAUCGUGCUCGAGGUCCAGGGAAUACUCGGGUUCAUACUCGGAUAAAAGCAGCGUAAAUUUGGAUCUGUCCAUGGCUCUUUGCGGCUCCUAAAUUAAAGUUUCCUGUGAAAAUGGUGUGGUACAACGUUUUGUAUUCUUUUUUGUUGAUUUUGAUCAGAUCAUCCCCUUUUUAUAAUUCAUGGUAGUUGGUGGUACCACUUCGGCGAUAUAUAUAUAUGAAGCGUUACGUAGUACAUGUUCUGAUGGUGGACGAAAAUUGGUCAUUGUAUAUGUAUUUCUGUGUUAGAUUAUGAUUUAAGCAUUUGUUUUGGCA